AACGGGAACGACCAGGGGGUUCCCAAGUUUAUCAUUUGCGAAGGCGAAAGGAUCCCACGAGCGGCACCGUUACAGGAAAAAAUAAGAUAAGAUAACGGAUUGCUACCAAAAGAAACUUGCGAAGGCCCAGAAAGCUGGAUUCAAGAGCCGUACUGGGAUAAAUCCUCAUUGAAGCCACAGAGAACAUGUCGCUUAAAUUCAGCUGUAUCGUUGCGAUUUGCGAAAAUCGAGGCAUCGGAAUCAAGGGAGAUCUUCCUUGGCGACUCAAAAACGAGCUUAAGUAUUUUUCCUCCACAACUAAGAAAGUGCGAGAUAAUGGCAAACGAAAUGCCGUAAUCAUGGGUCGCAAAACGUACUUUGGAGUUCCAGAAAGCAAACGACCGCUGCCCGAACGAUUGAACAUCGUCCUUACGCGUAAUGCAGCGGAACAUUCUUUCCCACCGGAGGUGCUCGUCUGCGGCAGCCUUGAAGAAGCCUUGCACAAAUUAGAUACCACUCAGCACGGAGAAAACAUAGAAAAUGUAUGGAUCGUUGGCGGGAAUAGUGUUUACAAGGAAGCGAUGGAAUCCGCCCGUUGCCACCGUGUUUAUCUUACAGAAAUCAAGAAGCAUUUCGAAUGUGACGCUUUUUUCCCACCAAUUCCUGCAUCCUUUGCGCUUGUAGCUAAUGAUUCGGACGUUCCUAGUGAAGAACAAGAGGAAAAUGAAAUCCGUUACGUGUAUAAAACUUAUGAAAAGCAGCACAAGCUUCGAUGAUCAUACUAGGUGCGCUGUAAAAGGCGAUCAGUGCUUUUUGGCUUCUUUCAAAAGUUCGUACAACUGCGAUAUCUGUUCGUCACGAAAAUGCUCCAACUGGUUCUCUGUUAAAUGUUCACCAAUCAUUCCAAUAGGUUGCGGUUUUCCUCUCAAUCCUAACUGUUCCGCUAGACUUAAUGCAUAGCCCUAAUAAAAUUUAGAAUCCAUUUA